AUGCCUACGGUUCCUCCAAGAGAUGGUGAGAAAUUGACCGAGCCGCGUUCAGCGUCGGCGUCGCCGGCAUUCCCGGCAUCCCGAUCUCUGCCGGACGUUCGGAGACGUCCUUCUUCAGCCGGAGAUCCGUUCGUUCCUGAACAAGGAGGCGGAACGGCACCAAGAGAGGGAGAAAGUCAAACAUUGGACAGAGGAGAGGCACCUCCAAACGCCCAAGGGUCCGGACGCAAACGGCCAGAAACUGCGCCACCUGGGGCAACAACGCAAAAGAAAAGGGCACCAGCACAGAUAUCUCAGGCCGCCCGGGCGCCCAGGAGCGGGAGGCACACAGGCGAGCGGGGAGGCUCGGCCCGAGUGAUCGAGGGGAGGCUUGAUGCGCUGAGAGCGGACGAUGAUGCGAGAGCGGAGUUCCUCCAGAAGGUGGCCGGCAUCAUCGAAAAAAGGAAGGUGCAGGAGAGAAGGUUGGCGUGGUCCGGAGAUGCUCCAAGGCCGAUCCCCAAGACGCGCAAGGACGUCGAGCGGGAGGUGAAAAGGGCCUGCCCUCUGGACACGGAGCGGAAAGCGGGUUUGGUCGAGCGUCUACGUUCCGGGGGGAUUGAAGCGAACAGGGCAACGCAGACGUUACUUGAUCCGGAGACCAAGGCGGUCCUGACGAGGCGAGCAAAUGCAUGCAAGAGGGCGAGGGAAGAGCGCAUCCGUUCUUUGGUGUCGUCAUGCCAGAGACGCCGACACGAUCAAGGUAUAGCUGCGAGGGAGAAUCAGGCCGUCAAGGAACAGAAGAGCGAGGCACGACGAGAGCGGACGAAGCAGGCCCGCGGGCGGGCGGUGCAAACGAAGGGCUGGCUCACCGCGCUCAAGAUGCAUGCGGCGGUCGCCUGGGUGGUCAACGGGCUCGACGGCAUCGAGGAGGAAAAGAGACGGGCGGAGGCAGCCAAGGUCAUCACGAGGCACAUCAUGGCGGUCGCACGGCACAGGUUCAAGCUGCGCGUGGAGGUGGCCACGAAGGUGAUCGACAAUCAGUUUGCCAAGAAAAUCCGAAGGUGGAAGACCAAGCGAGACACCGAAGCCACGGCUGUUCUCAAGAGGUUUCUAACCGACGUGAAGAGCUCUGACGUACGCACGAGGGUAAAGCUUCUGGCCUGGAGAGUGGCGCACGCGCACGUGCAGCUGGCACGGCUACAACGAUGGUGGAGGCGGAGGCAGCAAGAGAUGGCGGCGUGCAGGCGCGUCAUGUGCAGGUUGUGGGAGAAGGAAGUGAGCCGAAGAGUGGACGCGAAGGUCGACGAAAUCUGGCGGGCGCGAAACGAGGCUUCUCUUUUCGCACACGAGAGCACCAACAGCAACAAUCACCAAGGCGACGGGGCAGGGUUUGGGGGAGCGCUAUUAGGAGGAAGCGCAUUGCGAUGGGGUGUCGUUCGGCACGACCCACGGGCGUCAGCGUCAGCUCCCGGUGGCGGCGGCGGCGGGGGCGGCAUCGACUUGCUGCGGGAAGGCGGCUUUGGCGCUGCAAAGGGGAAAGCCUUUCGGCAGUUCAAAGAAGAACAGGCGCGGGGGGAAAAGGCGACGAUUCGGGCGCAUCUCUUGCUGGAUCCGCUGAUCAACCCUCCGGGAGACCUGAGGGUGAGGAUGUGCGGGGAGUACGUGAAACAGAUGGCCCUUCGACACGCCGGGGCCGUGGCAGAGUUCGAAACAAAGGCGAAGCACAUCGCCGGCCUGCAAUUAAAGACGACUAAGUUCGGCGAAAAGGGGAGUCUGCUGGCCGUAUCUCUCGCGGUUCAGGCUGGACGACGAGUACUGGGGUUGGAGAUGGCAGGGAUGCCUGUCCGGCCCCGGUGGCGCACAGGACCGGUACCGGGAGAAGUGGCGGCGCUUGUUGACGCGGGGGUCGACUAUAUUUCGGGGGUGCAAUGGCUGUGGGAGCCACGAACGCCCUCCAGGCUUGAAGACGGGAGUCUUUUGGCGGAUGCGAUGCCGACGCCUGAAGAACUAGCCGCUCGAGUGGCCAGCAAGUUCCGGUACGGUGGAACCAAGCUGGCCAUGUUGUUUGACGACGAGCCGGCCUCCGCCGUCGAAAAGAGGGAUCUGAACGCCAUGGCUAGCCCUGGAUGGCACGGUUCACGUAGGUAUAACCUAGGCACACCUACGGGUGUAAGGAUUGAGUGUGCUGCUAAUAGUUCGGUUGGGGGGGCCAGGAACAAGAGUAGGACGUCGCCGAUGUUGACGUACCACUAUCUUCCGCCCUCCUCAUCUUCGCACCACGUUGUUCAUCGUCGACAAGACGGGACUCGGGCGGAGUUGCUGGACGCCUAA